AUUUUCCUGUUAUUUACCUAUUAAUUGCUUUGUUAUCCUUAUUGCGUUCAUUAUGGCUUGGAUUUUUCUGAUGUGAUCACAUUAUAUAGCAUACAUACUAUAAUGGGCGUUACGUCACUGUUCCUGUUGGUGGUUGUGGUAACUUGUUUCCUUAGCGAACAAGUUACUGCAGUCAUGGAUGAAAACACGUGCACACAACAGAUCACCAAAAGUAUUGCAGACUUAAAUGAAGAUGUAAAAAACAAUAAGAGAAAUACGUACAGAAAACACUGCGAGGAGGUUCGAAAAUUGGUAGACGAAUGUAUCAGAGAACACUCCAAUUUAGCUCCCAUGAAGUUGGAAUACGAGUCAAACUGUCUAGGCGCUGAGGUUCAAAAAUGGUUGAAAUCAAGCGGGUCGAUGGUGCAAGGAAACUUAGUGACAGGAAUUCUUACCAUUCUGACCAUAAUGGUAAGGCUGUAGGUACUACACCAUAAAAUCACAGUUUUAUAAUUGUAGCAUAUUGAAUUAGUUUUUUGUACCAUGUGAGGUUUUAGACCUUUAGUCUAUAAUAAGUCAGAUUUUUAAUAUUUUUAUGUAUACAACUAAAUAUCUAUCGGAAACAAAAAAUCGUAGUCUUGCAUAGAUUAGUCAAUUUUUUUGGAUACCUAUUUAGGUACUUAUUUUCAACAAAACUCGAUUUUGUACCUAACAAAACAUAAUUUAUAACAGUUUACAAAAGGUUAAAAUUUAAACAAUAAAAAAACUGAAAAAUCGUUUAUCGUUUUUAUUAUUAAGUAUUAUAUUCCUUACGUUAUGAUACUUUUGUACACGUCCCUGCUUAAAAUAGAAGAGCAAUGUUGUUAUUCAACUAUUUUAAGGUUAUUGGUAUUUCCAUGGUAUAAGAAGACUAGGUAUGCUCAAUCCUAUGACAAGCCGCCAUUGCUAUUGAUGACGUAACUGUUACCUACCAUUAAAUUGACAUUUCAAUGACGUAAAUUUUAUUAUUGAAAAUUAAGUGAAUCGCUGACUAAUGUAUUUAAUUACUUUUAUUUGUCACAUGUAUAAAAAACAUUAAAUCUUUUACUAAAAGUACAAAGAUUUCCUUGCAAAGUGAAUUAAAAACAUUCGACGUGGGUAAUUUAUUUAUUACGAAAUGGCAACGUAGGGUGGAAUGACGUCAGCGGGGCUAACCGUGAAAUGCUAGCUGUCAGUUUUAUUUAUUUAUUUAGAAAGUACAACCACAUUGAGCAUACCUGAUUUUCUUAUGCCAUGGUUAUUUCAACUGUCAUUGGAUAAUGGGUUGAAUAGUUGGUAGACGUCGUUCGAAUCAUUCAACGGUUCAAUAUCAGAAGUGGCUGCGGGCUGUCUCAAAGCCCUGUACCUGAUGUUGAUGAAUUUUAUUCUUUUUAAAUUUGUGCCUCUCUGUUUGUUCGAUUUUCGAAAUUUGAAAUUCUUGCAUGCUCCUCGGGACCUAAAGGUUUGUGGUCGAUUGAGGGUUCACAUUCUGCAUGCUUAUUAUUUUUACUCAUUAAACGAACGGAAUCGAUA